AUGGCCAUCCUCAAGCCCACCACUCGCCCCGUCAGCUCCACCCGCGUUGAACGCACCCCCGAGGAGAAGAAGGGUCCUCUCAAGCCCUCUGGCGGCGGCAUCAAGAAAACCUCGACCAAAGCUUCAUCGAACAGUGCCCUCCGUCCAAUCAACCAUCGGGUGUCUGCUCCCAUCUUUGGUCCAUCGGCCAGAUCAAACACGGGCUCAUCCUCCGGCUCGUCCACCACUCUCUCAACAACCACCAAGACGUCCCAGACAGCCGCGAGGGCCACCAAGCAGCCCUACCCCAUGCUCAAGACGAGCAUCUUCAUGAGAAGAGCUCGACACACCAAGAAGCUGGUCAAGGUCGGGACCAUCCCCGGCAUGAUGCCCAUCUCGAGCUUCGGCUCGAUCGCCGCUCAAAUGCGGGCUACUCUCAAGGAGACUCAAUUGAGGGAGAAAGAAUCCUCCGAGUCUUCUCAAGCGGCGCAGUAA